CAUUCCCAAACUGAUAGAUAUGUAUGUUUUCCCCAUUUAAUACCGACUCCUGCAUAUGCAACAUCUUCUAUUCUUUUUGCUUUCACUUUUUCUUUCCAACCUGCAAGCUUCCAGCCUAGCAGGGUUCACUCAUGGCCACAAGUACCAUAGCAUCCAAGCCUGCAAGGCUACUUGGAGAACUCCUCCAAGAACAGCAAGAACCUUUUGCCUUAGAGGUUUACCUUUCAGAAAAAGGGUGUGGAACAAAGAACUUAACUUCCAUCCACGGCCAUGGCAGUUCAGGCAAGUUUCUAAAGAAGUCUGGUACUGGUAGUAACAAAAUCAAGAGAAGCAAGGGUAUUCCGAAUUUCCUCAAGGUACUUAAAAUUAUACUAUGUAACAAGUUCUUUACAAUCAGAGGAACCGAAAAUUCCCUUGAUGAAUAUGGAGAUAAGCAAGAAACUGCAGUGGCAGGUAGAUAUUCUUCCGGUAGCUGCUCAGCACUGUAUAAAUCAAGCUCAGAUAGUGACACAGAUGAAGCAUCGAUGUUUACGGACAACCCAAAGCCUUCAGAACUCCAUACCGAAAGGGUAAAAAAGGCUGCUGUAGACACAAAGUUUCAAUUGAGUGCAUGCAUAGAAGACAGUAAACAACAUAGCCCACAGUCAGUAUUAGAAUCAGUAUCUACUUCAACAGGUUCCCCACUGGAUACCAUAUCCAAUACAAGGCAGAAAAGUCUCACUUUGCCUAAGCUAAUAACAGAGGAGUCGAUAUUGUCAGCUGCAUUAUGGAGUUUACUUCACCAAACAGCAGCAAAAGAGCAAACAGGCUGCGAAGGAUUAAAAGAAGGUAAUGGUUCCCCAUUUUCGGUGUCGAAAAGGUUUUUGCAGCAAACAAGGCAGCUUCUAUUGGACUGUGUUAGGGAGUUGAUAGAUCAUAACAAGGAAAGGUUUUUAGGGACGGAGGAGAUUGGGAAUAUUAUAUGUGAGAAAAUAAGGGAAUGGGGGAAACCAAGUGGAGAUGAAGGGAACACAAAGGAGACGUUGGAAUUGGAUGUAAUGGUAAUGGAGAGAUGGAAUGAUUUUGAGAUUGAAUCCGGGAAAAGGGAGAUGGGGCUAUUGCUUGGAAACGCCAUUGUUGAUGAGAUUACAAGUGAAGUUGUCAUGGAUAUGAUUAAUACUAUUGUCUAACUACAUAACAUGAUGUAGAUAUAGUAUGCUUCCUUGCUUAUUUCAAAUUUCAAUUACUAUUUUGUUUUUC